ACCAUAGCACCAAUGAACUGCUCUGCGUCUCGCUUCGGCAGACGACUCUGUUGCGGAAAGCGGUGGUUUCCCAUAGAGACAGCGAGAGAGAACAGAAGGGGCGAGUAAUGAACGACCUCUCCAUCUCCAAUGCAGCCGUAAGAGAACCCAGAGACGACCAUUACAGCGCCUGCAAACCCAUUCCUUCAGCAGCACUUUACAUUCUCAUUCCCCUUUUCAUUUUGGGAUUUUCCGUCUCCAUUUUCGUUCUCGUCGUCGUCCACAACGCCUUCUUCUUCCUCUCUCUUCUCCUUCUAUCCAUCCUUCUCUCCGCUUUCGCCCUCUGGAAUAACCUCGACUCCUCCUCCACCGCCGCCGCGCUCUCCUUUCUCCACUCUUUUCCCGACUCCGACCUCCCACUUGCUCGCGAAGGUCAACUCGUUAAGAUUACAGGGUUUGCUUCGUGUGGGGCUGUCUCCCUGGAAUCGUCAUAUGAAAAGGCUACUGGAUGUAUUUAUGCAUCCACUUCUUUAUAUGAAUGUAGAGGAAUAUCUCUGAUUUCUCAGAAGAUCACACCUUACUGUGGUUGGAGGUUAGGAUAUAGUGAGAGGUUCUCCACUGACUUUUACAUAACUGAUAGAAAAACUGGUAUUAGAGCUAUGGUAAGGGCCGGACCCGGUAGUAAACUGGUUCCUCUUAUUAUUGAGAGCAAGCUUGUCAAUACUACUAGACACCGCAAGAUUCUGUCUCCUUCCUUGAGAAAAUGGCUAAGAGACAGAAACCUUUCUACUGAAGCCCGGAUGCUUCGACUCGAAGAAGGAUAUGUUCAGGAAGGCAGCUUUGUCUCUGUAAUGGGAAUGUUGCAUAAGAAUAACGGUCAUCUAACAAUAGUUCAACCUCCAGACAUAAUCUCUACUGGGUGUGUAUGGCGAAAACUUCUUCUCCCCAUUGACAUUGAUGGACUAGUUCUCGGGGUCUCGCAGAUAACUGGCCCUUCGAUCGGUCAAAGAUCAUUACAUCACCCAGAACAGUUGGCUGACAUUUAAAACUUGAAACUGUAUGGUGUAGAUGGAAAUUUUGGAUGAGAAGUUCAGUCCACUAGAAUUCUUAACCUUUUCUUAUUAUUGUUGAUUUUGAUCUUCUUUUAGUUCAUCUACCUCUGUUCCUUCAGUUUGCAGAGUUACAUUUGCUUGUCCAAAGGUCUCUCUGAACUUAAAAUUCUAGAUGAAUAUAUACAUUGAUUAAUUGUACGGAAAUCAACCACCUUUGCUUUAAUUGCAUUUGCUAACCAC